AUGUCGGACUGGGAGGCGGAGAGCGACGAUGAGCCGAGCCCGGUCCCGGUCCCGCGGGCGGAGUGGAGGCCGUCGCCGGCAGCAGCAGCAGAGCGCAGCCCGAGCCCUGAGCGGCCCAGGAGGCGGAGCCAUGAGCUGGGGGCCGGGGACCGCUGCGAGAUCCGCGGGCAAGAGGGCCGAGGAUGGCGGCCGCCGGGGGCCCGAGGCGGAGGCGGGGGCCGGGGCCGCGACCAGGGCUCCUCCCUCAACUUCCACAUAGACAGCGCCUUGGUGGGCACCGUUAUAGGUCGAGGAGGGUCUAAAAUACGUGAACUUGAAGAAACAUCAGGAUCUAAAAUACAGAUACUAAAAGGUGACAUUGAAGUUGAGGUGAGGCUUUUCGGCAGCCACGAGGCCCAGCUGAAAGCGAAGGAACUGAUUCUUAACCUUAUUGCAAGGAGAAAUACAGAUCAGUUGAAUGGACCUGAGAGAAGUGACCAAGGCAUUGCAUCGAAGCUCAGUGGUAGGUCAGCCACCACCUCCAACACCCCUUUGGCCAAGUGCAGCAGCAUAAACCCGUCCCGUCCUGCGAUCAACUGGACCUCGCUGCGUGAGAACAAGGAGAAAUAUGAAGCUAUGAAGUGGGCUGGUCUUACAAUAAUUAAAAAAGACUUUUACAUUGAAGCUGAGUCAGUUAUCAAUAUGACACCUGCAGAAGUUUCCAACUGGAGAAAGUCAAACAACAAUAUAAUGUGUGAAGAUAUGAUGGAAGGCAAUAAACGAGACUUUCCGAAUCCAGUGUGCACAUUUAUGGAAGCUUUUCAGCAUUACCCACAGAUUAUGGCAAACAUUGAGAGAGUUGGGUUCCAGUGCCCAACACCGAUCCAGUCUCAAGCAUGGCCAGUAAUUCUGCUGGGGUUUGAUCUGAUUGGGAUAGCACAGACAGGAACUGGAAAAACGUUGGUGUAUCUUUUGCCUGGAUUCAUCCACCUGGAUCAGCAGCCGGUGCCACGUGACAAAACUGAUGGCCCUGGAAUGUUGAUCCUCACGCCAACUAGAGAGCUUGCCCUUCAGAUACAGGAAGAGUGCAACAAGUACAGUUACAAAGGAAUUAAGAGUGUUUGUAUUUAUGGAGGAGGAAGCCGGAGAGAGCAGAUUAACUAUGUUACUAAAGGAGUGGACAUUGUUAUUGCAACUCCUGGACGAUUGAAUGAUCUUCAGAUGAACAAUUACAUCAAUCUGAAGAGUACAACAUAUUUGGUAUUGGAUGAAGCUGAUCGAAUGCUGGAUAUGGGAUUUGAACCUCAGAUUAUGAAGAUCAUUUUGGACAUACGACCUGAUAGACAGACGAUUAUGACUAGCGCAACAUGGCCUGAUGGAGUUCGUCGGUUAUCAAGAUCAUAUCUGAAGAAUCCGAUGAUGGUCUAUGUCGGAACCCUAGAUUUAGCAGCAGUAGAGACUGUUGAGCAAAAUGUAUUGGUUAUCCCUGAAGAAGAGAAACGAAGCUAUACACGUCACUUCAUUCAAUCCAUGAAGGCUGAGGAUAAAGUCAUCAUUUUUGUUGGAAGAAAGAUCAUUGCUGAUGACUUAUCAAGUGAUUUCAGUCUGCAAGGGAUCCCAGUGCAGUCUCUUCAUGGUGAUCGGGAGCAGUGUGACCGAGAACAGGCACUCGAAGAUUUCAAAGAAGGGAAGGUUCGGAUUCUCAUUGCAACGGAUCUUGCUUCACGUGGGCUGGAUGUGCACGAUAUCACACACGUGUUCAAUUUUGAUUUUCCUCGCAACAUAGAAGAGUAUGUGCACAGGAUUGGACGGACUGGCAGGGCGGGUCGUACGGGAGAAGCUAUAACUCUCAUUACAAGGAGUGACUGGAGAUUUGCUGCAGAGUUGAUUGCCAUUCUGGAGCGAGCGUGUCAGCCAGUUCCUGAAGAUUUAGUGAUGAUGGCAAAAAGGUACGAACAGAACAAGGUGAAGAAGGACCACGAAAGGCAGCUCACAGCCCCUAACAAUGAACGGCGCAGAGACUAUGGUCAUGGCCCGAGGGGCUGGAACAAAAGAAACUAAAACAACAUUCCCGCUAUUUAUUAUAAUGGAAAAAUAGAACCUGAAUUCUACAGCGCAGAUGCAAGUUUCAGCCCAACCUGUGAGCCAGUGUACUCUAACACCACCUUC